GGGGACUAAAUUGCAAAUUUUAAUCAGUUGUGUAAGAGACUAUAUUCGUCUCUACAGAAAAUAAUGUACUCUUUAUAUUGCGGGGAGAGAGAAGACGAAGAGAGCUGAAAUCGUUUUGAUCGGAGAUAAUCCUUGUGUGUGUGUCUUGAGCUAGCUUCUGCUCGAGAUCUGACCUAGCUCCGGCUCCUCUCGGUAGCUACACAGUGAAAGAGAGUUCUACCACAAGGGGUUUUUUAAAAUGGAAGACGAUGAUGGCUCUCCUUCUUCUCCCGAUUUGGAUGCACAGAGCCCUUACGAACGUUUGCUUGCUCUAACUCCAAGCUCCGCUGAUUCAAAUUGUAACUUGGAUUCGGUUUCCGCCGUUUAUCUAGCGAUGAAGAGCUCGAAGCUGGAGUGUGUCGAAGAGCGUGGCCAAGAUACCCUCAUUACCUCCGUAUGCAACGUGGAGGACGAAGAGGAUGAAGAGUUCGAUGAGUUCGAUCCUUAUCUCUUCAUCAAGAACCUGCCCAACUUGUCUUCUGUUGUCCCUACUUUCAGACCCGUCUUGCUUCCUAAACAGACCCGAAGCUGCCCUCCUAUCUCCCUCGUCCUAGACCUCGAUGAAACUCUUGUGCACUCUAGUCUAGAACCGUGUGGUGAGGUGGAUUUCACAUUCACUGUACAUUUCAAUGAAGAGGAGCAUAUGGUGUACGUGCGGUGCCGUCCUCACCUCAAAGAGUUUAUGGAGAGAGUGUCUCGUCUCUUUGAGAUCAUUAUAUUUACCGCUAGCCAAAGUAUUUACGCCGAGCAGCUUCUGAACGUGCUUGACCCUAAGAGGAAGCUCUUUCGCCAUAGAGUGUACCGUGACUCGUGUGUUUUCUUCGACGGUAACUACCUUAAGGAUUUGUCUGUCCUCGGGCGUGAUUUGUCUCGUGUUAUCAUCGUCGAUAACUCCCCACAGGCGUUUGGGUUCCAAGUGGAGAACGGGGUGCCAAUAGAGAGCUGGUUUGAUGACCCGUCAGAUAAAGAGCUCCUUCACUUGCUGCCGUUUCUAGAAGGCUUAAUAGGAGCUGAAGAUGUAAGGCCGAUGAUCGCCAAGAAAUUCAAUCUAAAGGAAAAGAUUGAUGCAGCUGUAGCUGCACCUGAGUAUCCUGCUGAGGCUGGAGAUCCUUUCGAAAGGUAAAGUCUCCCAAGCUAUAAGCUGGCAUAAGAGGAGACGAGUUUCUCUUUGGGAGAAUAUGCUUUGGAAAGCUUAAUGGAAGGUUCUCUUCCUAUUGAAUAUGGAGGGGGAUCAGAAGCUGGAAGAUAUAUAUAUCUCGAAUGUUGUUUUCUUAUUAGUUUAAAGAACUUGGUAUACAAAGAAUAAUAGCCUGUAAACAGUGUUUAGCUGCAGAAUAAUUUAUAUUUGUCUCUCUUUUA